AGAUUUAGAAAGAGAGGGAGUAUAAACUAACUGCAGGUCCUAAUCAGAUUAGGCUAAUCUCAAAACAUGCACCAGCCGCGAUAAAGCGCGUGAAAGUUUAAAGAGUCUCAAGUUCAUCACCUACUAGGAGAAGGAAGGAGAAGAGAUAUCAUUAAGCAACACGGAAACGUCUCGGAACUUCCUUCCUUUCACGCGUUUCAAUUCUCUUUAUAUAACUCUCCUUCCCCUCAUUAAUUCUCUCAAAUUCUCUUCUGGGUUUCCUAAAUUCUCAACCUUUUUCUCCAAAUUCGAUUUCUUAAAAUCAUGGUUCGCUGUAGCAACAACCUCGUUGGCAUACUCAACUUCAUCGUCUUCCUCCUCUCUAUUCCCAUCUUAGCUGGAGGAAUCUGGCUUAGCCAAAACGGCUCAACGGAGUGUGAGGGUUUUCUCGACAAACCCGUGAUCGCUCUCGGAGGUUUCCUUAUGGUUGUAGCGAUCGUUGGUUUGAUCGGUUCCUGUUGCAGAGUCACAUGGCUUCUCUGGACUUACCUCUUUGUCAUGUUCCUCUUGAUUCUCCUCGUCUUCUCCAUAACGGUUUUCGCCUUUGUUGUGACUAACAAAGGCGCAGGAGAAAAGGUUUCUGGGAGAGGGUAUAAAGAGUAUAGACUUGGAGAUUACUCUAACUGGUUGCAGAAACGUGUGAACAGUGACAAGAACUGGAAUAAGAUUAGGAGUUGUCUCGUUGACAGCAAGGUCUGUUCUAAGCUUGACGAUAAACUUGUUGGUGUUCCUGUCAACAACUUCUACAACGAACAUCUCACUGCCCUUCAGUCUGGUUGCUGCAAACCCUCAGAGCAAUGCCAAUUCACUUACGUAAGUGCCACAAACUGGACCAAGACGGCCGGAACACAACCAAAUCCAGACUGCCAAAGCUGGGACAACGCACCAAACAAGCUCUGCUUCGAUUGCCAAUCUUGCAAGGCGGGUCUUCUCGACAACGUCAAGAGCGCGUGGAAGAAAGUUGCAGUAGUCAACAUCAUCUUCCUCGUCUUCCUUAUCAUUGUCUACUCUGUUGGCUGCUGUGCUUUAAGGAACAACAAGAGAGAUGGCAGUUAUGGCUAUGGAUAUAAGCCUUGAAGGCUUUCAAGUGUUUUAGAACAGAGAUUCGUUCAUUGUUCUUUAAUUCACGCAGUACUGGAGUUUGCUUUUAUGUUUUAUGGAUUUACAUCUUGGUGAUUUGAGACCUAUUGCUUGUACAGCUCUCUCAUGAUACUUGUUAGUGUGUUCUGGCUUAACCAUGAUAUAUAUUUAUUUGUUAUA